UCCUAGCCCACGUUGUUUUUGACUUGCUCUCAUGUUGCGGCCUGCGCUGCAUGUCUAUUUACCACUUGCACAGGGUACGAUUGACUUUUUAAUUGCUGCACUUGGUAGGUCGAAAAGGUCGAUAUCAGUCAGUGAGUUGGAAACCACGGGAAUACCGCAUCUGGCAGGUGGCCCUCGCUGCCUAUCUGAGACUCCAUUCGUGACUAGCCCACUUCCCCCCCGUACCUUAGCGGGCCGCCGUUCAAAGCAGGGAAGUCUGAUGGCAUCAUGACCGACGGCGGAAUGUCCGCUAUGACCUUGCUUGCCUCCUCGAGCUUGGACACUUCUCUCCAACAUGUCUUUCCUUCUGCCUCAUCGACUUCCACUCCAUUCCUCGCAAAUCCAACCCCUCCGGCCAUAACCGCCAGCAUCUCCCUGGUGCCCGGCUUCUCCUCCCAUUUUCCGCCCCGGCCAGUACCCCCUCCUACUCCGACAACCAUGGUGGGGUGGAUUGGUUGGGUGUUUUCCGUCCUCUUCCAGGUCAUUCCAAGUGUGCUAUACUGGAUUAUUACCUUCUCGACAAUUACUCUUCCAACAUGGCUGUUCACGCUGUUCUCUAUGAGCUUGACCUUCACAAUGAAUUUCACAACGCUAUUGCUCAUCGCGCUGGCCGUGGUCUCAACCAUCAGCUGGUUCAUACGCUACCGCUUCCUGAACAUGUACAGCCGAUUGCCUCCGGAGCCGCAACGCAAGGAACCCCAGCUCGACCUCUUUCCAAACCUUCAAGAGGAAGACUCCAAGCCUGGUCUAGCCAACUACCUGGAUGAAUUCCUCAGCGCGAUCAAAGUCUUCGGUUAUUUGGAGAGACCGGUUUUCCAUGAGUUGACGCGAACAAUGCAAACUAGGAAGCUAAUCGCGGGCGAGACGCUUCUGUUGGAAGAGGAGAAAGGCUUUUGUCUGGUUGUCGACGGAUUGGUACAGAUUUUCGUCAAAUCAACUCGAGAGGGAGAGUCGGCUGAAGAGAGAGAAACGAAUUGCGCGUCGUCGGACGAGGAUGACCACAACGUCGAUGGGAGACAAGGCUACCAACUUUUGACUGAGGUCAAGAAUGGCGCCUCGAUGUCGUCUCUGUUCUCUAUACUGUCACUGUUCACGGAAGAUGUCCAAUUGAGAUAUGGGGAUAGUGCUGAGCAGAGCUCAUCUGUCCUAAGACCUGCCCCUUCACGUUUGUCCGACUCCUUCCCGACUAGCCCUCAGGCGCUGGAUGCUUCUCCGCCGACCCUUCCCAGAGACCGCAGCUUUACCUCCCAUAUCAACGAUAGUGCGGACUUCUUGCCACCUGUGCCUCCCUUACACCUUGGUGAAAGUCACACACCGCCCACGCCCAACACCCAGAAUGCCCAAUCAAGUACAAGAGCGCACCGAGGCAAGCAUGGCCAGAAGUCGGUUCAUCCAGAUAUUGUGGCGCGGGCAAUGGUCGACACAACUAUAGCAAUUAUACCCGCUAGUGCUUUCCGCCGUCUUACCCGGGUCUACCCCAAAGCGACCGCACAUAUUGUGCAGGUCAUCCUCACGCGGUUACAAAGAGUGACAUUCAUGACAGCCCACUCUUAUCUGGGUCUGAACAACGAGGUUCUGGGGAUUGAGAAACAGAUGACCAAGUUCACUACAUAUGACUUGCCGAACGAAAUGCGAGGGGCGGCGCUGGAUCGCCUCAAAGACAAGUUCAUCAAGGAGCGGAAUCGCCUGGGCCCGGAAGAAGUCACGAAAGGAAUCGCCCUACACAAUCCCUUCUCGGGUAGGAGAAACCGGUCGAGUAGCUUCCGAAGGAAAGACGCUGUGCUCCACGCAAAACUGGGCGUAUCGCGGCGCCCGACUGCGGCUGUGAUCCAGAACAACUCUCUCAACGAUCGUGAAGCUGCAGGUGUUAGCCCUGGGGACUUGCUAUCUAGCAUACAAUUCUCGCGCUUUGGGUCUAGGUACGAGAACUUUGCUCCAAAAUUGCUGAGCCCACUCGCAGAGAAGGAACAGUCGCCUUUGCGAUCCCCAUCGCCCAUCAUCGAGCCCAUGGGAUCUUUCUACCGGAAGGAAAACGUGGACGAGGAUGCUCUCUUCCGUGAAUCUAUACUAGAAUGCAUCAUGAAGGGCAUCGGUUUGACCGAAAGUACCAAUGGCCUUCUCCGCAAGAGUCAAAAUUCGGGCGACGCAUCUCCAAGGCUUCUCUCUUACGACUCGCGUCGCCAAAAGGCGGUGUUUGGCAAUAAUGCUUUUGGCUUUAUUGACCCUUACGAAGCCUCCGUAGAUGACACAGAGUCAAUGAUGUCGAUGUCCGUCACAAGUGCCGGUGGUACGUCGCCAGUCAUCAAUUUGAGGGAAGAGUUGCGAAACGACAUCGAGAUUGUUUACUUCCCCCAAGGGUCCGUGCUGGUGGAGCAAGGCGAGCGCCAUCCAGGCUUGUAUUAUGUGAUCGAUGGAUUCCUGGAUGUGGGAAUCCCUGUCAGCGAUAAAGAUGAUGAUCUUGUUGGAUCCUCCCGCCCAGCGCAUGCGCAAUCUCGCGAGGAAUCCUUCCCAACUCUGAGACGGACUCAAACCAACACUUCGCGCAUUUCGACCACAAGCAUGGGAACAGGUACUAGUGACUCUAAGCGCAAGAGACAGCCACGGAAGUCUCUGUAUAUGAUAAAGCCUGGAGGGAUUCAAGGAUAUGUUGGUGCCGUCGCAUCCUAUCGCUCGUACACAGACGUGGUUGCCAAAACUGAUGUUUACGUGGGAUUCCUCCCGCGGGCUGCUCUAGAGAGGAUAGCGGAGCGGUAUCCGAUCGCUCUAUUGACGCUGGCUAAACGACUAACGAGCAUUCUCCCCCGCCUACUCCUUCAUAUUGACUUCGCACUGGAAUGGGUGCAGGUCAAUGCUGGUCAAGUGAUCUAUCACCAGGGCGACGAAAGUGAUGCUAUUUACCUUGUGCUGAACGGUCGUUUACGGUCGGUCCUCGAAGGUACUGAUGGAAAGGUGACGGUCCUUAGCGAAUACGGGCAGGGUGACAGUAUUGGCGAGCUGGAGGUGAUGACUGAAUCAACCCGUCCGUCAUCUCUACAUGCAAUUCGCGACACUGAACUGGCUAAGUUCCCUCGGACCUUGUUUAACAGCCUGGCGCAGGAGCACCCCGGGAUUACCAUCCAAGUAUCUAAACUCAUCGCACAACGGAUGCGAGAUCUAGUGGAGCAACCGGUGAAAGAACAAGGGAUGGAACGAGGCAAUUCCGGCACCAUCAAAACAGCAUCUUCAACUCUCAACCUGCGGACUGUUUGCGUCUUGCCGGUGACAGGCGGAGUUCCUGUCGUUGAGUUCGGGCACCGGCUGCUGCAAGCCUUGCAUCAGAUCGGGGUGACGAACGGCGUCACGUCUCUCAACCAAGCUGCUAUCCUGAAUCACCUAGGACGGCAUGCUUUCAGUAAGAUGGGGAAAUUGAAGUUGACACAAUAUCUAGCGGACCUAGAAGAAAAGUAUGGAAUGGUGCUCUACAUUGCUGACACCACCGUAAAUGCACCGUGGACGCAAACCUGUAUCACCCAGGCCGAUUGCAUCCUGCUGGUCGGUCUUGCAGAAUCCUCGCCCAGCAUUGGUGAAUAUGAACGAUUCCUGCUGGGCAUGAAAACAACGUCCAGAAAGGAACUGGUGCUGAUACACGAAGAACGGUACUGUCAUCCCGGAUUGACUCGUCAAUGGCUGAAGAAUCGUGUGUGGAUCAAUGGAGGUCAUCACCACAUCCAGAUGCCCUAUCGUCUCGCGGCUGAACCUACGCAUUCUCAAACGAAACGCCUAGGGACGGUAUUGAAACAACGAGUCCAGGUCAUCCAAGCCGAGAUCCAGAAGUACACAUCCCGCCGUAUACGCCAGACGCCUCUUUAUUCGGCCCAGACACCAUUCAAGGGCGAUUUCCAUCGGCUGGCCCGCCGGCUAUGUGGUCGUUCAGUCGGACUUGUGUUAGGUGGUGGUGGAGCUCGAGGUAUCGCUCAGGUGGGAGUCAUCAAAGCGCUUGAAGAAGCCGGCAUCCCCAUCGACAUCAUUGGUGGGACCUCCAUCGGCUCGUUCAUCGGAGCUUUAUAUGCCCGAGAUGCGGACGUCGUGCCUAUGUAUGGUCGGGCCAAGAAGUUUGCCGGUCGCAUGGGAAGCAUCUGGAGGUUUGCGCUGGAUCUAACCUAUCCGACCGUGUCCUACACGACUGGACACGAGUUCAAUCGCGGAAUCUUCAAAACAUUCGGCAACAGCCAAAUUGAAGACUUCUGGUUGGAGUUCUACUGCAACACCACCAAUAUCAGUCGAUCUCGCGCGGAGUAUCAUUCGUCCGGUUACACGUGGCGCUAUGUCCGUGCGUCUAUGUCUCUGGCAGGCUUGAUUCCACCGAUUUGCGACGAAGGUAGCAUGCUGCUCGAUGGCGGAUAUAUCGACAAUCUCACUGUAGGCCACAUGAAAGGGUUGGGUGCGGACGUGAUUUUCGCGGUUGAUGUUGGAUCUAUCGACGAUAAUACCCCCCAAGGGUAUGGAGAUUCACUAUCUGGCUUCUGGACGGUGCUCAAUCGCUGGAAUCCGUUCUCCUCAUUACCCAAUCCCCCCACUCUGUCGGAAAUUCAAGCACGGUUGGCAUAUGUUUCGUCCAUCGAGAACCUUGAACGCGCCAAGACGACCCCCGGAUGUCUGUAUAUGCGGCCGCCGAUCGACAAGUACGGCACGCUGGAGUUUGCUAAGUUCGAUGAGAUCUAUCAGGUGGGGUACACGUACGGCAAAGAAUACUUGGAGAAGUUGAAGAACGAAGGGUCUCUUCCGCUACCGGAAGAGACGGAAGAGAAGAAGAAACUUCAACGGACACUAGCGCCUCGACGCGCAAGUAUCUGAGGUAGAGUAUUUCAUAAUGCAAAUCAAGAUAUAAAGCCUAGAAUUUUUGGACUAUCUUACCAUGUCAACUGUAGACGUAUCUGUAGGGAACUUCUGGAACACAUGAUGCUGAAAUUGAUGUUCGUGUUCGUUAUGUUAG